AUGAUUCCGCCACAGACAUCGUUGCAAGAUUUGAAGAAUCUGAUUCUGAUGCAUACCGGAAUGGUUGGAAAAAAGGAAAUCACGAAGCUGACUUACAGGAUGCCAAUUGCAGUGGCCAACUCGUUUGCGUAUCAAAAAAUGCAGAUAAAAUCUGAUCAGCAUGUGUCGAUGAUGGCCCCAAGUCCAAGCUUCAACGCGUUCGUUCCGCGGGAACAAAAUGUAGCUAUUCGUGAAGCACGCCUCGCCCCUUCUACACAUGUUGGGUUCGAUAGAGUUCCUGAUGCUGCUAUUGCAGGUACUUCUGACGAGGAUGACAUUGAAGAUUUUAGUGGUGAUGAGGCAGAAGCCGUGCCGGAGACGCAGCCUCUGCAUGUUGAUGUUGUUCCUCCAACACGGGUCAAACCGGAAGGUGGUGGUGUAUCUUCCUCCACACCAGCACACUACCUGUCUUUAAAUCUUGGAGCAAUGCAUUCGAGUAACGCAGAGGACAAACCGAGCAGCUACCCUUUGUCAGGCGAGAUGGAGUUCGAGAUUGGGUUGAAAUUUCUUAACCGGGAAACAGCGAUGCUAGUAGUAAAAAACUACAAUAUCCGUAGGAGUGCAGAAUAUAAGGUGGUAGAGUCAGACCAAAGUAGGUAUGUAUGUCGAUGCAAGCAGUUCGGGGAUCAAUGUCGUUGGAUGGUAUGGGUUGCAAAGACAAGGUCCUCUAGAUUUUGGAAAAUUCGAAAGUACGAAGGGCCUCACAGUUGCUUGGCAAAUUCAAUGUCUCAAGACCACGCUCAACUCGAUAGCAAUGUCAUAUGUCAGCACAUAUUCCCCAUGGUGCAUGCUGAUGCGACAAUUUGUGUAAAGGUGUUGCAGGGAUCGGUAGAGUCAGCGUACGGUUACAAGGUGUCUUACAAGAAGGUUUGGCACGCAAAGCAAAAGGCAAUGAUCUAUGGUGAUUGGGACGAAUCGUAUCACCAGCUGCGUAGAUACCUCAAUGCUCUGCAAGCGUUCGUCCCAGCUUUCAGGCACUGUAAACCGAUGGUGUCAGUAGACGGAACACACCUGUAUGGUAAGUACGCAGGCACCCUUCUGAUGGACAUAGCACAGGACGGCAAUAACAACAUUCUACCCGUCGCUUUCGCAAUUGUCGAAAGAGAGAACACAGAUUCAUGGUACUUCUUCCUCACCAAUUUGAGGAGGCAUGUCGCAACUCGGCCAGGAGUUGUGCUUAUAUCCGACAGGCAUGCGGCCAUAAAGGCCGCAUUGGAACGUGAGGGGUGUGGUAGGGAACACAAUGUGUAUUGUGUUCGACAUAUUGCCUCCAACUUCGCAACCAGUUUCAAGAGUAAGGAAGCCAAAAGAUACCUGGUUAAUGCUGCAUAUUCGAAGACACAAGAGCAGUCGCAGUACUACUUGGAGCUAAUCAGUAGCGAGGAUCCGGUAACAUCUCUGCAGAUGAUGGAGUGGAUCCGAGGGUUAGAGCCACCUAAAUGGCUGCAGCACCUUGAUGAGGGCCGACGAUAUGGUCACAUGACGACGAAUCUUUCUGAGUGUAUCAACUCCGUCCUCAAGGGCACUAGAAAUCUACCAGUCUGUGCAAUUGUCAAGUCUAUGUACCAUCGCCUGAAUGAGUUAUUCGUCCUCAAGGGUCGGCAAGCACAAGCACAGAUUGCAAGCGGUCAGGUGUUCUCACAGUUCUUGCAAAAAGCGAUACUAGCGAACCGUGAGGGAAUUUCCCAGAUGUUAAUGACGUCAUACGAUAGAGCUACUACUAUAUUCACAGUCGACGAGAUAGCUGCUGUAGGGGUGCAGUCACGGUUCCGGGUUAACCUUCAGUACCGUAGAUGUGAUUGUGGUUACUUCCAGGCGUUACACUACCCUUGUGCACAUGCUCUGGCCGCCUGCGCAUAUGCGAGAUUGGACUGGAAACAGUACGUUGAUUUAGUCUACCGUGUUGAGAGCGUGUUUCGGGUCUAUGAAAUGGAAUUCCAGCCAUUGCCGGAUGAGGAGAUGUGGCCCCCUUCAGAAGGACAACGUAUCCGUCCCAACCCCCUCCUACGACGUAUAAUGGAAGGACGUCCGGUGUCUACUAGGAUACGGAAUGAAAUGGACGAGGUUGAGCCAAGACCAGGUAAGAGGUGCGGCCUUUGCAGGCAACCAGGACAUACCAGGCGACAUUGUCCGCAUGCUUUUGCAACCUAA